UCCCUCCCUCGCUGCUCCCCUGGCCGGGCUGGCGCUGGGAGCGGCCGCGAUCGCACCAUGAGCACCCUCAAGGUCUACAGCACGUCGGUGACCGGCUCCCGGGAGAUCAAAUCCCAACAGAGCGAGGUAACCCGAAUCCUGGACGGCAAGAACAUCAAGUACGAGCUGGUGGACAUCUCCCAGGACAACGCUCUCCGGGAGGAGAUGAGGGCCAAGGCAGGCAACCCCAAAGCCAUCCCGCCCCAGAUCGUCAACGGGGACCAGUACUGCGGGGAUUACGAGCUCUUUGUGGAAGCUGUGGAGCAAAACACUCUGCAGGAGUUCCUCAAGUUGGCCUGAGCCCCGCUGCCCCUCCCAGCCCGGACUCUACCUGCAUUCCUGAGCGCCCUCAUCUCCCACCACCCUCACCCGUCAGCGCUGUCCUGGCACCUCCACCUGCGUCCCAGCCCAGGGAAACACCCACGACCAAAACUCCUCAUUGCAGCUGCCUCCGAGUCCCUCCUGCUGACCCCGGCCUCGUCUCGGAGGGAUCCAAAGAAACGCCGCUCGCUGCUCGGGCUGUGAGCAGAGCUGGGCCUGGCUCACGGCAGCUUCCAGUGCCUCUGUCAACAGCAAAGCCUCUGGGGCUGUGGGAGGUGAUCCUGGCCUUCAGCCCCCUCCUCUGCCUCGCCAGGGAGGGGCUUAGGGCUGCACGGGACUUCCCACUUCUCCCAGUUGCUGUUAAAAUUGUAAAUUCUGCUGCCUCACUUCCUUUUUUUUUUUUUUUUUUUUGUCUUUUUCCCUCCUCUUCAUCUCAACUGCAGAGAUUAUGGCAACUAAGUAAGGGGUUUUUUGUUGUU